GGAAUAAAUUUACAGAAAGAACAGUUGGCAGGCAAUAGUUAAAAUCCGAGACCCCCAAAUCAACAGACUGAUAAACCUAAAACCCUAACAAAGGGGGAAAAUGGUACUUUCAAUUCAAUCACAUCGUUUCAAUUCCUUCGCAAGAUUUCGACUUUCCUCUCUCCUCCCUUCUCUAUAUCAGAAUGGAAGAAAUGCAACCACUUUUACUGGAAGCAAUGAUAAUAGUCUUUCUUCUGUAGUUUCAGAUUUUGAACCUGAUGAACUCCAUGAUGAUGGCGAAGCAAAACAGAAAGAUAAUGCACUUCGUUUGGCUCUCACACAGCUAGCUGGUGAAUUUGGUAGAGAGUCUAUGUUGUCAUUGCAGCGGUUUUUCAACUCACGAAGGGCUCCUGUAAUAUCAACAGGCUCGUUGAAGCUUGAUCUUGCACUUGGCAUUGGUGGAUUACCGAAGGGAAGAAUGGUUGAAAUCUAUGGGAAAGAAGCUUCUGGCAAGACAACUCUUGCACUUCAUAUUAUCAAGGAAGCUCAAAAACUUGGAGGAUAUUGUGCAUAUCUUGAUGUAGAGAAUGCAAUGGACCCUUUACUUCCUGAAUCAAUGGGCAUAAACACAGAAAAUCUUCUUAUUUCACAUCCAGAUUGUGCUGAAAAUUUGCUCAGUGUAGUCGAUACUCUGACUAAAAGUGGUUCUGUAGAUGUUAUCGUGGUGGAUAGUGUUGCUGCACUUGUCCCCCAACGUGAGAUUGAUACUGCGGUAGGAGGCACCUUUGAAGAUAUACAAUCACGAUUAAUGACCCAAGCACUACGAAAGAUCAAUUAUUCAUUAUGCCAAUCACAAACUCUCAUUAUUUUUCUUAAUCAGGUUAGAAAAAGUUUAAAAUCAGGGCGUGCAGAAGAGGUCACUUGUGGCGGAAAUGCCUUGAAAUUCUAUUCAGCUGUGCGUUUGAGAAUGAUCAGAACAAGACUGCUCAAGACUGAGGACAGGAUAACCGGUCUUGGGGUGUGUGCACAAGUGGUGAAAAAUAAAUUGGCUCCUGCUAUGACGAAAGCUGAACUUGAGAUACAGUUUGGGAGAGGCUUUUGCUCUGAAUCUGAGGUCUUAGAAUUAGCUUGCGAGCACAGUCUCAUCAAGAAAGAAGGAAGCAGCUAUGUCAUUGGCAGAAAGGUAUUUGGCAAUGAACGUGUAGCUGAACAAUACUUAAUGGAAAAUGAAGGGGUUCAUGAUCAAAUAGUUGCAAAAUUAAGGGAAAAAUUAUUUCAGAGGAAGAUGGAACUGUGAGAGACGAAUGAUUUGCUCAAAGGAAUCAGGUAAAAUCGAAACAGAAGUGGCUCCAAAUUGGCUGCUAGCUGCAUAAACUGGGAAACUAGCCACAUAAGAAUUUGAAUAAUCAGUGGCACUGGAGCUUUAUUUGUGAGACCUGAAGGUGUUAAAAUUAACUGUGCAUUGACAGAUGAUCUUUGCCAGUUGGGGCACAUGAGAUGGUAAACGAUAGGAAAACCAUUUCUCCGAUACGAGGUUGACAAGUUAUUCUGGGAAGAUUACGCAAGCCUAGCUUUCCCUCAAAGUCUGUCUUGUUCAUCAAUGAUUGUACCUCUCUGGCUUUCAUGUGCUGUAUUAAGAGAAUUAGUCAAGUAAUUGCAACGAACUCGAUUGCAAUUUAAUUUAAGAUCAAUCAUUCUUCCAUUGCAAAGCUGUAUUAUUACUAGUUGUAAACAUUAUUGUAAUUUUCUCAGACAUGCUUCUCGAUUCAUCA